AACCAGUUUAUCUCAUUCUCUCUGUCUACACUUCGAAGUUCGAAGCAAAGCCAUGGCUAUCUUGUUCUCUACAAUUGCACUUCCCUCCACAAACGUCACUUCCAAACUAUCCAUCUUAAACAACACUUCACAUUCUCACGCACUUCGCCAUUUCUCAGGUAAUACUACUAAACGCUUUCAUAAAGCUUCCUCCUUUAUUGCUUUUGCUGUGAAGAACAACCCCACCAUAAGAAAAACCACUCCAAGAAGAGAUAGUAGAAACCCACUUUUAAGUGAAGGUAGAGAUGAAGAUGAAGCUCUUGGACCCAUUUGCCCUGGUUGUGGAAUUUUCAUGCAAGAUAAUGAUCCAAAUCUCCCUGGUUUUUACCAACAAAAAGAGGUAAAAAUUGAAACAUUUUCUGAGGAGGAUUAUGAAUUAGAUGAUGAAGAGGAUGAUGGUGAAGAAGAGGAUAAUGGGUCAAUUGAUGAUGAGUCUGAUUGGGAUUCUGAGGAAUUGGAAGCUAUGUUACUUGGUGAAGAAAAUGAUGAUAAGGUUGAUUUGGAUGGGUUUACACAUGCAGGUGUUGGGUAUGGUAAUGUUACUGAGGAGGUUUUGGAGAGGGCUAAGAAGAAGAAGGUUUCAAAGGCUGAGAAGAAGAGAAUGGCUAGGGAAGCUGAGAAGGUGAAGGAGGAGGUUACUGUUUGUGCUAGGUGUCAUUCCUUGAGAAAUUAUGGGCAGGUGAAGAAUUAUAUGGCGGAGAAUUUGAUACCGGAUUUUGAUUUCGAUAGGUUGAUUACUACUAGGUUAAUGAAUCCUGCUGGUAGUGGUAGUUCUACUGUUGUUGUUAUGGUUGUGGAUUGUGUUGAUUUUGAUGGUUCUUUCCCGAGAACAGCUGUGAAGUCGUUGUUUAAGGCAUUGGAAGGUAUGCAGGAGAAUACAAAGAAGGGUAAGAAACUGCCAAAGCUUGUUCUUGUGGCUACAAAGGUUGAUCUCCUUCCGUCGCAGGUUUCUCCGACGAGGUUGGAUAGAUGGGUUCGGCACCGUGCAAGUGCUGGAGGAGCGCCUAAAUUAAGCGCGGUUUAUUUGGUCAGUUCUCGAAAGGAUUUAGGUGUGAGGAAUGUGUUGUCGUUUGUAAAGGAUUUGGCUGGUCCUCGUGGGAAUGUUUGGGUUAUUGGGGCUCAAAAUGCUGGGAAGUCUACUCUGAUCAAUGCAUUUGCGAAGAAAGAAGGAGCCAAAGUUACCAAGCUCACGGAAGCUCCAGUUCCUGGGACGACACUUGGGAUCUUGAGGAUUGCAGGAAUUUUGUCAGCUAAGGCUAAGAUGUUUGAUACUCCAGGGCUCUUGCAUCCAUAUUUAUUGUCGAUGAGAUUGAAUCGGGAGGAACAAAAGAUGGUUGAGAUACGGAAGGAACUUAAACCUCGUUCAUAUAGAAUUAAGGCUGGACAAGCCAUACAUGUUGGUGGCUUGGCAAGACUUGACCUAAUUGAAGCCUCUGUUCAAACAAUGUAUGUCACUGUUUGGGCAUCACCAAAUGUUUCUCUACACAUGGGAAAAAUAGAAAAUGCUAAUGAGAUUUGGAAUAAUCAUGUUGGCGUCAGACUGCAGCCUCCCAUCGGUAAUGACCGCGCAGCUGAACUAGGUACAUGGAAAGAAAGGGAAGUAAAAGUAUCUGGAUCUAGUUGGGAUGUCAACUGCAUGGACGUAUCAAUAGCUGGCUUAGGUUGGUUUUCUUUGGGUAUCCAAGGUGAAGCAACCAUGAAAUUAUGGACCAAUGAUGGAAUUGAAAUAACUUUGAGAGAACCAUUGGUACUUGACCGGGCCCCGUCCCUUGAAAAACCAGGUUUUUGGUUACCAAAGGCUAUAUCUGAAGUUAUUGGCAACCAAACUAAACUUGAAGCUCAAAGAAGGAAAAAACUUGAAGAUGAAGAUACAGAAUACAUGGGAGCAAGUAUAGAGAUAUCUGCAUGAAAAUGAGUUGAAUUGGUUUGCCUGUGGUUUUCAUUGAGAAAGGAUAGUAGUAGAUGUAACUGAACAGACUUGUUUUAGAGGCAAAAUGUGUUUGCAAUUAGAAGUUUUUGCGUUCAUUUUUCUCCACCGAGUUGGUGUGAAUGUGUUUUCCCUACCAACAUAUAGAAUGAGUAGAGAUUAGUACACUCCUUGCUGCUUAGGUGUCACAAUCGAUGAUUGUAUGUAGUUUUGAAAUGAGUCGUAGGACUUGUAUGUCUUUCAUGUACAGAUAUAGUGGUAAUUGGUAAGUAACAUCUACACUUUAUGAUUACUCAAACUGGUAACUUUUUUAUUGUCGGAUUUUUAAGAACAAAUUUUGAAGUCCCUUUCUGCA